UUCGUUAACCACUGAGCCAUGAUGGGAACUCCCCCUAAUGAUUUCUUAAUAUACUUUUUUUUUUGCUUUGUCUUUUGAAAGAUCCAAGCAUUUUGAUAGCAUCACUAUGCUCCACAACUGGGCGGGAUUCCAAAAUGAAACACAAGCCUUCUUGAAGGCGAAAUUUGCAAAACGGUGAGUACUAAAAAGAAAAUUACCAUAAAAACAAAGGAUCGUGAUAUUUUUAAAAAGAUUUCCUAGUGACAAAAAAUAUAAGUACAGAUACUGGUAUGGAUAGUGACGUGAAUAUGGAUGUAUACUGAAAAAGAGAAACAACAGAAGCAUUCUAAUGCCAAAUUAUUCAUACAGAGGGAAUGGAAAAUUUUUGAAAUCACCAUUUCAAAACCUCAUGACACAUGAAACCCUUUCCACUUGAUUUCCCCCAUCCCAUGCUCACCUGGGCUGUGUGCCUCCCACCUCACUGUGUGAGCUUUCUACACAGUAUUUUCUGUGGAAACCUCCUUAUCUGGUUGACUGGUGCAUGUUGGAUGCAGAGUUAACGCAAAUAACAUAAAAUAAUAAAAUAAUUGGAAUAAAAUAGAAGUAUAUGACAAGAUUAGGAUCAGUAAAGCUUCUCACAUAAUGGCAACAGAUUCAGAAAGAAUAAAACAAAGGUGAGUAUAUUUUACUACAAUGUAACCAAAUUUCCAAUUUAUCACCACCAACCAUAAAUUGUAUUAGAUGUUAAAUAACAAAUCAUAAAAUCGGAUUUGCAAACUCUAAGACGUGCAAAGACUUAAUAUCCUGAAUAUGUGCAAAGAUCUUGGAAAAGACUAAAAAAUAACUUUAAUGCAAAAUCAGUGAAAGGUAGUCAUGUUCUUUUCAUUGAUAAAGCACCAAUUACCAAUAAAUAUUUGAAAUUAUGCUAUAAUAUUAGCAAUUACAAACUGUGAGUUAACAUGAAUAAAAUAUUAUUUGGAUCAUUAUUUUGGCAAAGAUUUAGUAGACUGAUGAUGCAUCCUGACCUUGUGUGUUAGGAAUGCAUCUUCCAGUCUCCAAGGACACAGUCCCAAUUCCUAGGUGCAUUAGUUAGCUUUUUGUUUUGUUUUUCUAUAUUAUUAUAUUUUACAUUCAUUAGUGACUUCGAUGCAGGGUCCUCAAGGACCCUUUUUUUAACCUUAGUUGCUCUUACCUGCUCCAGGUUGAUCAUAUAAAGAAAGCAUCCUCAGCCACAUCCGUGGCGAAACUUUUCAGAUAAUCAUUUUGUGUUCGAAUUGCUGGAUCAGACCAUCAACGUUUCGAGAAUCAGAGAGAAUUUCUGGUUUUCUUGUGUUUGUUUACUAGUCUUUCCUUCCAUCUAGCAGUUCAGAUGAUGCAGAAAUGUCCAUUUUCAAAUUUAGACUGAUGCAGUCAUUCAUGGUAAAUGUUAGACACAGGAACAUAGAAAUUCAUAUAGAUUAUUGAUGCAUUUCCAAUGUUAUCUUUGAGUGAAAGUUAAGAGAGAAAGAAUCACUAGGCUAAAUCUAUGUCACCACUAAUAAUUCUUAUUUAAUUAAGAGAAUCUGUUGGGAGAAAACAAAACUGAAGCCUGAAUGACAGAUUAAUGUGUAAGUAUGUGCAUAUUUCUCAAAUUAAUUCUUUUUCUAUUCUGUAAUUUAGAAAAAUCAUCAAAAUCACUCUCUUUCCUAAGUGUAUAUCUAUAUUAGACAAACAUUCAUAUACAAAUGUACAUUUAUAUGAACUAUGUGCAUGUGUAUUUUUUAAUUUGAAAAGUUCACAAGGAUAUGGGGAGUUAAUUUCACUUCUUGAAUGUCAUUUUCAAGAAUAUUCAUCAUGGCAGCAAUUAAGAAAUUUCUAAGCUUGUUUUAUAAAUUUGCUAAGUGGGUGGGCAAUAAUACAGUCAAUAUUGACGGCAUAUAAUGUAACAUCUAUUGCUCCCACAGUGACACAUGUGCAUGUGCACAGAUACACAUAUUCUCAAAUACUUAAAUAUAUCUCUCCAACUCAAUAAAACUUGGCUUGAUAUUUCAUCUAGAAAAUCUUGACUUUUUAAAAACAGAUAUUUUUGACAUCUAGGCAUAUUAAAAAAAUUGCUGAUACAAAUUAGUAAGAUACACCUGCAAUAUAACUUGUAAGAAUGUUUCUGAGACAUGUUUCUGAAGUAUGUGACUAAAAGGACAAGAAGGUGGUUUUUCAUCUUGGGUUAAGGCAGUAGAGACUUUUGCUACAGGUUACAAUGGGAAAUGAAGAACAGAUGAUCACAAGAAGGAAGGAAGGUGGGCUCUAGGGGAAACCGAUCCUGUGUUUCUCAAUUUGAGCUACUGUAAUUUCAACGGUGGAUCUACAAAGCAGGAGAGGGAACAGCAUUUAGACCAAAUUAUUCACCCAUGAACCUACAUCAGUGUUUGUCCUCACUGAUAAUGUCCAGAGAAUCUGAAUCUGCCUUUCAUUACAUAGGUUCCAUCGGAGACAAUUUGGUCAAAGAAGGUAUUCAGGAGCCAGCUGUGGUUGAAACUAACCAUCCAAUAACACAACAUCCAGACAAAAGGCUAAUCCUAGUCUAUCUAGACAACAUCUAAGUAGUUUGCCCUCUGUACUAUCAGUAAAAUAAAAAACAGUAUCCCCCACACACAAUCAAGGGACUUUACAGCAAAAAGUUCAAGUAAAUACAACACAAUAGAAAAUUAUCCUUAGCUCAUAUCCAGAACUUUUUAAAAGCCUCAUUACCUUAGAGUUACUUGUCUAUAAUUCCCAUUUUGUAAGUGAUCUAUAUUAGCAAAAAUUUGAAUGAACAGUCAUGGAGCUGUGACCAGGUGAGCUGAUGAAACGCCCAGCCUGAGCAACUGCAUUCUACUGCUCAAAAAUUGGUGCACUGAAGGGUCAGGGAGGCAUGAUACAAACUCCUGUGGAGGAAAGUACCUUCAACAUCAUCAUAGUAUCUUCUAUGAGGAUCGGGAGUAAAUAACUUCUGUCAAGUAGAACCUUGAAAUAUAAGUAAAGAAUGUAUCCUGAUAUUUAUUUGUAAAUAUAUGUAUAGCCUUUACUCUUCCCUUUUUUAUUAGGGUUAUCAUUUAUAUCUUAUCUAUGCACAUUGGAAAUUCCAUCAGAUAAUGUUAAAUAUUGCUUCCAAAAACUGUAUGAGAGGAUUGGUAAAAUGCUGGUAUUUUUCUAUGUGAUUUUAAAUGUUUGGUAGAAAUCUACGAUUCAGCCAUCUGAGGCUGCAGUUCUCCUUGUGGGAUGAUUUAAGUAUGCAUUUUUGACUUUAAUACUGGAGAUAGGGCUACACUGGUUAGAUGUUUCAUCUUGAAUUAGCUUAAGUAGAUAAUAUUUUUCAUGGACUUAGUUCAUUCACUUAAAUGGCCAAAUCUACUUUGCAGAGCUUUCCAAAAUAUUCCAUUUUAAUCUUUUUAGUAUCUGUAUUGAUGUAUUUAAUCUUUUUAAUAAUCUGUAAUGAUGUAUGUAUAAUAUUAUAAUAUAAUAUAUAUUAUAAUAUGUAAUGUAUUAUCUGUAAUGAUGUCACCUCUCACAUUCCUGAUAAAUUUCAUCUUUUCUCUUUUUUCCAGAUCAGUCUCCAUCACAGUUUAUCCAUGUUAGUCAUCCUCUCCAAGAAUCAGCUUUGGAUUCUAGUAAUCAUCUCUCUUGUUUUUUCCGUUUUCUAUUUCACCGAUUUCUGACUCAUUAUUUCCUUUCUUCUGUGUAGUUUGACUUUUACACACAGAUCGCCUAGAACACCGAAGGUAAUAAUGAGAAAUCACACGGUCAUAACAACAUUCAUCUUGGUGGGACUUACAGAGGACCCAGAGCUACAAGUUCUGAUUUUUAUCUUAUUUCUUACCUACGUGCUGAGCGUUACUGGGAACCUGACCAUUAUCAUUCUUACACUCACAGAUUCUCAUCUUAAAACGCCUAUGUAUUUUUUUCUUCGAAACUUCUCCUUCUUAGAAAUCUCAUUCACAACAGUCUGUAUCCCCAGAUUCCUGUACAGUAUAUCAAGUGGGGACAAUACCAUUACUUAUAAUGCCUGUGCCAGUCAAAUAUUUUUUAUUGGACUCUUUGGAGCCACCGAGUUUUUUCUCCUGGCUGCCAUGUCCUAUGACCGCUAUGUGGCCAUCUGCAAACCCCUGCAUUACAUGAGCAUCAUGAACGGCAGAGUCUGCACCAUCCUUAUCCUCUGCUGCUGGACCUCUGGGUUGAUGAUCAUCAUCACACCACUCAGUGUGGGCCUCCAGCUGGAAUUCUGUGACUCCAACGCCAUUGAUCAUUUUGGCUGUGAUGCAUCUCCUCUCUUUAAGAUCUCAUGCUCAGAUACAUGGUUCAUAGAACAGAUGGUUAUAAUCUGUGCAGUCGUGACAUUCAUCAUUACACUGAUAGGUGUUGUUCUUUCAUACAUAUAUAUCAUCAGGACAAUUCUCAGAUUUCCUUCUGCUUCACAAAGAAAGAAGGCUUUCUCCACGUGUUCUUCUCACAUGAUUGUUGUUUCCAUUACCUAUGGCAGCUGUAUUUUUAUCUAUAUCAAGCCUUCAGCCAAAGAAGAGGUGGACAUUAACAAAGGAGUAUCUGUGCUCACUACAUCUAUUGCUCCAUUGUUGAACCCCUUUAUUUAUACUUUGAGGAACAAGCAAGUGAAACAAGCUUUCAAUGAUACGAUCAAAAAAAUUGCAUUUACAUUACACAAGUAAGAGCAAGCUGAAUUUAAGUAAUCAAAUGAAAAUGAUAGAUUUAUUACUUAACAUUUUUUUUUCUGAAAAUCCUGACUAGCUCAGUAAGAGGACACUUCUUAUGAAUCCUUCAAAUCUUGAUUUGUGAACCUACAUGGAACAAAUCCACUCCCUCUCAACCAAAAUUAUUUAUAUUAGGAGAAGAGAAUUUAUUUCCAUGAAACAAAAUCUUCCUUCAUCUCACACUAAACCUUCCCAAUAUUAGCUAAAAGAAACUGCAUACCAUGUUAAAUAUCAUACCUAUGAUUCCUGGGAAAUUUUUGGAACAAAGAAUUUUGCUGAACUCCUUCAAUUUGCAUAUGUAAAUAUUUUUUCUUCAAUAUAGAAUGAAAUAUUUCAUCUUUGUUUUAAGGUACUAACAUGACAACAUUUAAAAUGAAAGAACUCUAAGCAUGUCAAGUAAAGUUAAAAGAUAUUGAUGGAAGAUAGUAUGAGAAAAAGAAUAAAUAAAUACAUAUAUGUGUGUGCGUGUGUGUCUUGGUCACCACGCUGUACAGCAGUAACUGACACGACACUAAAUCAACUAUACUUUAAUACAAAUAAUAAAAUAAAUUUUAAAAAGAUAUUGUAAACCAAAUAAGAAAAUAAGUAUCUGGCAUCUGGAAACAAAUAUGAUAUAGAAUAUUUAGUAGAUUAAUAUCAAGAAACAGGAGAGAAUUUUAAACCACACUUGAAGGACAAUAGCAUGCAAGCACUCAUAAAAACAAAACAAAAAAUAAACAACAUUUGAAAGAAAAGUGCUUUUGCUUCCAGCUCUGUCAGAGUAACCAGUGUGAGACCAUGUUUUCUCCCGUAAAUCAUGAAAUUAAAUCAACUAUAAGAGGAAACUUUUGACAAGCAGCUUAAAUUUCCCUCUAGAGAAGGGAAUUUCAUUGCAGUAAUUAUAAGUCUACAAUUAGCAGUGGCUCAGUCCACACUAUGAGCUAGAGAUGAAGCUCAACAUGACUGUCUCUGAGCUUGGCUGGAAAACAUCAGGUCAGCUGAAAUAGUUAGUAUCCACCAGUCACAGCUACACUGCACCAGAAUCUGGGCAGAAGUUUGCCAUAUACCCUUGGCUGAGUGAUUGGCUGAAGACAUGUAGGGCAAGUGUAGUCUAUGUUCACCAGAGAUACUGGAGGUUAAGCAUUCUGAGGGGCAGGGGUCUUGGCCCAGCCAAUAUAAAGAGACAUUGUAAACAUCUCUUCCACCACAGGCCCCCUGCUAAACACCUGGGAAAAUGACUUAGAAGUACCUUAGCAGUUAGGACCACAUUGUACGUCAAGAGUCAGACAAUUAAGGCCUGAGGGUAAGAUCUAUCCACCACCAGUCCUCUUUUUUUUCUUUUUUAACAUUUUAUUUAACUGUACUUGAUAUACAAUGUUGUGAUAUUUCCUGCCAUACAACAAAGUGAUUCAGUUAUAUAUACACACAUCAGUGGUUCUUAUGAAGUUUUAUUGGAACAUGUCCACUCCCACACAUUUGCAUAGUAUCACUGACUGCUUUUAAUGGAGGAUUGAAGUAGUUUAAUAGAGACCUCAUGGUCCCCAAAGCCUUAAAUGAUUACUACCUGGCCUUUGACUGAAAAAGUUUGCCCACCCCUGGUGUAGAAUUUACUUCUACAUUUUUAUAAUCUUGUGUCAUUUGGGAAAAAAUAAUGAGAGGUAGGUUGCUAAGCAACUAACAAUCUUUUCAUCUCCCCAGCUGUUUCCAGGCAUAACUCUUACACUUGGCCUGGUGAAAGAAUGCAAUUUGUCCAUCCUUCUGCAAUCUUCCCUUUCGUCCCUGAAUGUACUUCAAAACAGAAUUUCAGAGGAUGAGAUCUUGGAAAACUCGGCCUGUUCUAUCCACCUUAAGCUCAUACUAACAACUAAAGUUAGAAGCAUAACACUGUUUUAUCGCAAAUGGAGAAUUCAAUUGCAUGGCCAUUUCACAGGAAAUUUUAUUCAGCCUACCAAUUUUUAUAAAUCUAGAAUCUCACCUCCACCUUCCCUGAAAAAAAACAGAC